GGAGGCCAGUCAUCAAGCAGCCCUGAAGCACGAUUUCCCUGCGGGGCCAAGCCUGGCUCCUGCUCCUGCCGUCCCGCUCGUUGCUUUUCCUCUGCCGCAGGCAGGGCACGGGGAAGUGUCUGCCCUCCCGACCUAACCUAGGGCUGCCCGUGGUGCGUCCCCUGCCGUGUUCAGCCCUGUAAAUGUCUGCCCCGUGAGUAGUUUGGUGACUUUUCAAAGUUCUAACUGCACAGCAUUUUUUCAAACGAAGAAAAAAGAACCCAAACCAGCCUAAUGAGAAUUUAUAUUUGAUUUCAAACAAUGCUGGCAUCUACAAACGCUGUGUUUUCAUUAGAAAGUUUAUUUUAUGAAACACCGGAUACAACGCAAAAGUAUCUAGAAAAUACAGGACCAAAAAAUUGGUUUCUUGCACCUGUUCCAUCUAUUGCUGAAAUUCCCAGCACUCAGGAGCUAGAGAAGGAAUUGGAAAAAAAUAACCAUCUAGUGGCACCCAUAAAAGCUCUGUGCAGUCAGCGAUUUGAUGAUUGGAAAGAGAAAUUUGGACCUAUUGGGCUUAGCUGUAAGGAACUGACAGGAGAUACAGUCGUGGAUGAUUUAUUUGAAAUACAACAUGCUCAUAUUAUUAUGACCACGCCAGAAAAAUGGGAUAGUAUGACUAGAAAAUGGAGAGACAACUCUUUAGUCCAGCUGGUACGAUUGUUCCUCAUUGAUGAGGUACAUGUUGUGAAAGAUGAAAGCCGGGGUGCAACACUCGAGGUGGUAGUCAGUCGGAUGAAAACGGUACAAUCUUCCUUUUCACGUAGCUCAGAGAAUCCCAACACAGUUCCUUCCAUGAGAUUUGUGGCUGUUUCUGCAACAAUCCCGAAUGCUGAAGAUAUUGCAGAAUGGCUGACAGAUGGUAAGAAGCCUGCUGUAUGUUUGAAAAUAGAUGAGAAUUACCGACCAGUGAAGCUUCGCAAAGUUGUUCUUGGAUUUCCCUGCAGUGGCAACCAAACAGAAUUUAAAUUUGACUUAACUCUUAACUACAAAAUAGCAAGUGUUAUACAAACAUACUCUGAACAAAAACCAGCACUUGUGUUUUGUGCCACAAGGAAAGGAGUACAGCAAGCUGCUUCUGUUCUUGCAAAAGAUGCUAAAUUCAUAAUGACUACAGAACAGAAACAAAGAUUACAACGGUCUGCAAAUUCAAUAAAAGAUUCCAAACUAAGAGAUCUCUUAAUAUAUGGUGUGGCUUAUCAUCAUGCUGGUAUGGAGUUAUCUGAUAGAAAAAUAAUUGAAGGAGCAUUUACUAUGGGAGACUUGCCUGUACUUUUUACUACUAGUACCUUAGCUAUGGGAGUAAAUUUACCUGCACAUCUGGUUGUUAUAAAAUCCACAAUGCAUUAUGUUGGAGGAAUGUUUCAAGAAUAUAGUGAAACUGAUAUUCUGCAAAUGAUUGGGAGAGCAGGAAGACCACAAUUUGACACAACUGCUGCAGCUGUUAUUAUGACUCGCUUAAGUACAAGAGAGAAGUAUGUACAGAUGUUAAAUGGUGCAGAUACAAUAGAGAGCAGUUUACAUAAACAUCUUGUUGAGCAUUUAAAUGCGGAAAUAGUGCUGCAUACCAUAACAAAUGUGAAUAUAGCUUUGGAAUGGAUAAGAUCAACUUUCCUAUACAUCAGAGCUUUGAAAAAUCCAGUUCAUUACGGUUUUUCACCUGGAUUAGACAGAGUUGGAAUUGAAGCUAAGUUACAAGAAUUGAGUUUGAAGAAUGUGAAUGAUCUAGCUUCUCAUGACUUGAUCAAGAUGGAUGAAAAACUGAAUUUCAGACCAACAGAAAAUGGAAGACUAAUGGCUUGGUACUAUAUUGCAUUUGAUACAGUGAAACAGUUUUCUACAAUUAAAGGAACAGAGACUUUAUCCGAACUGGUCACAAAGAUAUCUAGCUGCACUGAAUUUUCAGAUAUCAAGUUAAGAACAAGUGAAAAGAAAAUACUGAAUGCUUUGAAUAAGGACAAGAACAGGAUAACUAUCAGGUUUCCAAAGGAAGGGAAGAUAAAAACAACAGAAAUGAAAGUAAACUGUCUUAUUCAGGCUCAGCUAGGAUGCAUUCCUAUUCAAGACUUUACUUUGACGCAAGAUAUAGGCAAAAUUUUCAGAAAUGGCAUAAGAGUUACUAAAUGGUUGUCUGACUUUCUGGCAUCACAGAGAAACAGCUUUUCUGCACUAUUAAACUCCUUAAUUUUAGCUAAGUGUUUCAGAUGCAAACUGUGGGAAAACUCACUGCAUGUUUCCAAACAGCUGGAAAAAAUUGGUGUGAUGCUGUCAAAUGCAAUGGUAAAUUCAGGUCUGACAUCAUUUAAAAAAAUAGAAGAUACAAAUGCAAGAGAACUUGAAUUGAUCUUAAACAGACACCCUCCUUUUGGAAACCAAAUAAAAGAGUCUGUGAUACACCUUCCAAAAUAUGCACUUGAUAUUGAGCAGGUUUCAAAAUACAGUGAUACAGUGGCUGAAAUCGUAGUGACUAUCAUAUUAACAAACUUCAAACAACUGCAGACAAAGAGAACAGCACCAGAUUUCCAUUAUGUAACCUUGAUAAUAGGAAAUGCUGAUAAUGAAGUCGUUUUUAAACAAAAAAUUAUAGAUUCGGCCUUGCUGAAGACUGGAAAUUGGACUAAAAAAAUUGAAGUGAAAAGAGCUCUUAAAUCAGAGGAACUUAGCAUAAAUGUAAUCAGUUCUGACUAUGUUGGGCUUGAUAUUCAGCAAAACUAUACAGCCUUUUUCUUAGGAGCAAAAAGGUUUGGAAAUCAAGUAGUUGUACACAGAAAAUCAGAUGCUGAGUCUUCACUUGAUGUAUAUCACGCACCUUCAAUAAAAGCAUCUUCAGCAAGAAUAGAUACUGGAAGCACUUGUAACCAAGAGGUCUCCUACACAAAACCUGGGAACAGAGAAUGCAACCAUCACUGUAAGAAUAAAGAUGCCUGUGGACAUGACUGCUGUAAAAUUGGAGUUUCUCAGAAGUCUGAGUUGAAGAGAGAUUCAAAAUUUUCUUCAUACCUAUCUGACUUAAGAAACAGAAGCUCAAUUUCAUCUGUACCCCCAGUGAAACGAUUAAAGAUGCAGCUACUGAAUCAAACUCAGAAUGUGGAUCUUAAACACUUUGUUUAUACACCCAAAUCUUUGCUGCCAGCAUUGCCAAGAUCUGAAUACGCAGAGUCUCCUGCAUCUUCAGUAGAUCAGUGUGAAAAUGUUGAUAACCUUGGAAGAUUUCAGAAACAACUACAACAGGAGAGCUAUGGAAAGAUUAAUUUAUCUUGGAAACAUUCUUCAACUGUGGGUGAGAAGACCCAUCAGGCAAUGAUGUCAAACAAAAAUCUUGAAUCUUCAAUGCCUAACUUGACUGAUGCAGAUAAAAGCAGCUCUUGGUUUUCAAAGACUCUGAAUGUGAACUUCGAGUUGGGAGAUGAGGUUUGGGAUGAUUUUGAUGAUGAGAAAUUAAUAUAUGCUUGCAGCUUUUCCAGUGAUGCGGCAAAUAAAGAUUUAGGAUCUGGAAGCUCCUGCCUUCAAAAUACAAUACAACAUAAACCACUAUUCCAGAACACACAAUACGAAGUCAUAAGUGACACUUCAGGAAAUGUUGGCAAGUUGCAAGAUAAGAUGGGUGUUCAUCCACAGAAUUCUCUCUCUCCCACAUUAAAUGCAGCAUCAAAAAUGAAAUUACCAACACAGAAUGGAAAUACAAAUAAUUUCAGCUUUCAAGAAAAAAAACAUCCCAAUCCUUCUGAGGUGAAAAAACCAUUUUGUUCUUCAAACUCAGGAACAGUCUCAGAGUCUUCUAAAAGCAGUGAAAAAGGGGAUUUUUUUAUUUGUAAUAAAGAAAGAAAAAGUGAAAUUAAUCUCAGAUAUCUUCCAGAUGAUGAAGCCAAUGAUGUUAAGCCUUUUCUUGGAAUAUUUGAUGGUAUUUUCUAAAACAUAUAAAAACAAGAUAUAUCAUAAAUUCUGAAACAUAAAACUCGCCAGAAUGAAAACUCUUCAAAUACAGUUACAGAAUUUAUUUGAUAACUGUUCAUUAAUAGCCAACUUUGCUUCACAGGCUAGAUAACAAAAACAUUGCUAGCUAAUUUACACAAUUCCAUGUAUGUUUCUGUCUUUUUGAAAGUUAUUUAAGCCUCUUUGUUAAAAUAACUUGCUGUUUUCAGGAUUAUAAAUAAAAGUAUUUGAAAGUACUUUAUUGAAGCCAGGAUAGUUCUUAGGCACUUCUAAAUAAGGUAAAAUGAAAUAAGAGCAAAGAUGCUUCCUGUAAUAUGUAUCUGCUUAUAUAAAUACAUAUCUGAGUAACUGCAAUGUUCUUUACUUACAAAUUACCCAUGAUUUUUGUUUUAUGAUGUCUGUUAGCUAACCAA